CGCUGAGGAUGAGCAAAGCGUGGCCUCACAUCCGCGUCCGGAACGCAGGUGGGGCCGUGGCUGCGAUAGCACUGAGCCUUUCACUCCCCUUCUUCUCCCCCUAUAGCCCAGCCUGCAGCUUUGCUUUUGGUUUCGUUCUCAGCCCUGCAAGCCCCGCUGAUCUCUCCGUAUCGCAGCUGCCUGGUUCAUCGUCUGCCAUCGGUUCUGCGGAGCCAUGGCCACCAUCAGUGACCUCCCCGAGGACGUGUUGGUGGAGCUGCUGUCGUUGCUGCCCGCCCAGGAUUUGCUCCGUGCAUGCAGGCUGGUGUGCUCCCAAUGGCGAGACGUGGUGGAUCUCACCACCCUUUGGAAGCGCAAAUGUCAGCGCGAGGGGUUCUACGUGCAGAGCUUGGACAGGAGCAUCGCUGACUGGAAGGUGUUCUAUCUGCUGUGCAAGCUGAAGAGGAACUUGAUCAAAAAUCCCCGAGCUGAAGAGAGCUUUAACCACUGGCAACUUGAUCAGAAUGAAGGAGAUAGGUGGAAGAUUGAGGAUCUGCCCGGACCUCUGGGGAAAGAGCUGCCAGACUCAGAAGUCCGCAAAUACUUUGUCACUUCGUUUGGGCCAUGCUUCAAGUCUCAACUGAUUACCUUGAAGAAAGAAGGGUACUGGAAUGAGCUGAUGGAUGAGAAACGGCCUGAAAUUGUAGUCAAGGACUGGUACGCAGCCAGAUUUGACUGUGGUUGUCGCUAUGAGCUCAGAGUGAAGCUGCUUUCUGAAAACUACAUUGUGCUUCAGGAGUUCUGUCCUGAGCCAGUGGUCAUAGAGCAGUGGAGUGAUGCAACGUGGAGAGAGAUGUCCCACACCUUCAGUAAUUACCCACCUGGAGUUCGUUACAUCUGGUUUCAGCACGGAGGCCAAGAUACCCAAUUCUGGGCAGGAUGGUAUGGGAUCAGAGUGACCAACAGCAGCAUCACCAUUGGGCCCCAGACACUGAAGGCAAAUGAAGACGCAGUAUAAGUGUUUUCUUUUACCUCAGGAUUGUGACCGGGUGGUCUCAGGCGCACUUAUUUGUCUGUACUCUCUGGGUGAAUAUCCUGGCUUUGCCUUUGCCUUGCACAGCUGAUGUGGAAUACAAGCAGCCAGCUCUCCUCGUUCACAGCAGAACUUCUGCAGGCUGAACCCUUUGGAAGGAUUUCUGUCUUCAUCUGUCCUCCCUCACCGUGGCAGUGACAAUUCCUGGUGCCCUUCCAUAGGAGGAAGAUGAGGGCAAAUAAAUAAGACAUCUAUCUUAAGUGAAUAGCAUUUGGCUGUAGCACAACGUAUGGGAAACUGCACACAAGUACAUAGCAAUCUUAACUGGAAACUCUUUGUUUAUAUAACUUAAUUAAAACAAGGCUAAAAUCUUUCAGUUCAGAUUAUCAACCUUUGUCCUGAGGACUCUGCUACAGCCAGACUUGCUCUGUAUUGUAUUUUUCUGUUUCAAUUGAAAUAUGUACAUAAAGAUAUAUCUUUCACAGCAUUAAGCAAACUUCAGUCUUCUUUAUCCAUAUAUGCUGUGUCACCAAUAUUUAAUUCCUUAGUUUCUCUAAGUGUACAUGAUCAAAGUGCUAUAUGCCUUCCCUGUCCAAAUACAGCCUGUUAUUGCUGGGAUGAACAAAGAGGAGGAAGGAAUCCCUUAAGGUGGAUACCUGACAACGUAAAGUGCCUUUGGACUGCGCAGCCUCUUUCUAUAUUACCUGUAUGCUACCAAAGAACUUGGUUUGUACUGAACAGUAACCUUAUAUAAAAUGUUAAAGCCACAGACAA